AUGAAUACAACCGCCAUUUCGACUACCACGACCGGGGACCCUACCGCUGCGGCCGCUUCGUUGGGCGGCUCGUCACCUUCGUCCGGCCUGGCCAGGAGCCAGCCGUCUCGCGGUGCUAGCAGUGGUGCUGGGAGCAGUGUUGACGCCGCCUCUACUGCUCCUAGUCGACGUGCGAGUGGGAGUUCGGCUGCUGAUUCGGCUCCCAAAGUUCCUCCUUACCUCCGCAAAUCUUCUUCCGGCUCGCCCAAAUCUGUACGAACCGAGGGGUCUCAUUCUGAACCAGCCUCGCCGCGAAUCGUCUACGGCCGAGGCACAAUAGCACGGCUUCCAACUGAACUAGGCCGUCUGCGCGUCUCUUCGCCCUUGAUCGUUUCUAGCCCAUCAAGAGUCGCCUUGGCGCGCCGGAUCCAGACCCUCAUUCCGAAUCUCAACUCGCGUAUCCUAGACUCGGCCGUUGUCAACGUGCCGCCUCGGGUUGUCGACGACGCCGUUUCUCGCAUAGACGACCGGGACGUUGUUAUCAGUGUUGGCGGGGCUUCAGCUGUUGGACUUGCUAAGGCGAUAGGAUGUCGCAAGGGUAUCCCUCACAUUUGCAUUCCUACGACGUACAGCGGUUCGGAAAUGAUGCCUCUACUUCUUGAUGCUUGUCCCGCGAGACACGGUAACAUGAGCGGCAGGGUCGGUGGCAGUGGUAGCAGUGGUAGUGGCCGCAAUAAAUCUGAUAGUCGACACCGCCGAGAUCGUGAAUACGCGUCCUCAUCACGGCACGGCAAGGGACCGCACACCACCUCGUUCCGCGACCCGAAAGUUCUUCCCUCUGUUGUCAUAUAUGACGAGGAUCUCACUUCGAGCUUGCCAAAGCGCAUAUCUGCGCCGACUGACGAAGUAGCCAUGGCACGCUCAACCGAGUUGCGGAACGAAGACGAAACAGCACAAUGGAGUUAUAUACAUCUGCCAGGUGUUUAA